CUCACACACCAGGCCCAUUGUGGCGGCGUCGUUGAGCAGCUGACGUCGUGGCCGGUGCUGGGAGGGAAGAGGACCGGCUACGGGACACCAGCGAGUGGGACUCCGAGGGAACAACAAAAACCGCAUCAAAAUGGAGGUCAAAGCUGCCAGGUUUGUUGUGGGACUACUCGCUGUCCUUGGAUGUUCUCUCACGCCCUCGUCCGCCAGCCAAGUGGGUCUGAGCGACAAAGUCCUGGUGUUCCCCUACGAGACCGACUUCAGCUUCGUGGCCCUGCUCCCGCAGAAGGAGAUGGCCCUGAGGGUCUUCACGCUCUGCAUGCGCGUGGCCACCGACCUGCCGGAGGACCGCCAGGUCAUCCUGUUCGCCUACCGCACGGCCGACUACGACGAGCUCAACGUGUGGCGCGAGAUGGACGGGCGCGUCUCCUUCUACCUGAGCGGGGACGGCACCUUCUUCCACCUGCCGCCGCUCACCACCUUCCGCACCAGCCUGUGCCUGACCUGGGAGUCUCGCACGGGCCUGUCCGCCUUCUGGGUGGACGGCAGGCGCAGCGCCUACCAGGUGUACAAACCCGGCCACUCCAUCCGUCCGAAGGGCACCGUCCUGCUGGGGCAGGACCCGGACAAGCACCUGGGCGGGUUGGAAGCCGUGCAGAGCUUCGUGGGGGAGAUCACCGAUGUGAACAUGUGGGACUUUGUGCUCUCCCGGAGCAUGAUUCAGGCCUGGCACUACGGGCACAAGGUCCCCAAGGGCAACAUCUUCGACUGGGGCACCAUAGAGUACGAGCUGAACGGGAACGUGAUGGUGGUGGAUGACGACUGACUGGCGGCGGGGUCCGACGCGGAGAGGGGCGGGGCUUUAGCGCUGUGCGUCGGGCUGAUGCUGAUGUGUGAAUUUCUCCCUUAGGGUUCGGGGUCGUUUAAUGUCAGCGCCCGUCGACAAAAGCCAAAUAGUCUCUUGGCCUCUGGAUGACAAGGUAAAGAAAAUAAGGAAAGGAGUUCUUUGUGUGCGUAGCACACUGCGGCUUUGUGGUACAGACGUUUCUUUUUAGAAGCUAAACAGUAACUUUGUUCAGGAUCGAUGCGCUCGUCUUAUAUUGCCGUUUGAGUCGUACUAGUCCUUGUAUUUUUCAACCUUCGACCUUUGAAAUAACCGAUUUUUAAAUAUGAAAAAAGUUGACGUGCCAGAUGUUUCCAUAAGGUGGCGCUGCACUAGUUCACAUCCAACAGGAACAGAUCACGUGAUGUAGUUAUGAACUGAGGUUAUUAAUGAAGCUACUAAAUACUGAUUAAAAUGUCGCUGCUAUUAAAAAACAAAUUCCCAGCCCGUUAUAACAUAUUACAGAAAUUACACGUAAAAAUACAUUUAAAAAGCUGUUUUUUUGUUAGACUUGAACAUAUUGUAACAAAAGGCAGAUUUACAAAAACCUGCUAUCAUACAUGCAACAUACGUGUUUGUUUGAUGCGCUUAAUGAUGAUUUACUGUUGACUUAAUGAUUCAGCUGCUCACAGAGACAAAUAGCAAUUAUCAUGUUUAAUAUCCGUCGCCAUAAUGUUGCCUUUGGUUAGCGUGCUCGCUCAUAAAUUUUGAAAGUUUCCACUGAUGUAAGAUCGCUUUUGGGUCUGAAAUAAAAUCUCUCCAUAUGCAUAACUAAUAA